AUGUCGGUGAGCGCGAGUGCUGAAAAUCUUUCAAGUGAUGCCCAGAGCUGUGAUGGGGGUUCUAUGUGCCUUGAACUGGCCUUGGAAGGUGAACGCCUGUGUAAAGCAGGUGACUGUAGAGCUGGUGUGGCGUUCUUCCAGGCUGCCAUACAAGCUGGUACAGAUGAUCUCCGGACCCUAAGCGCCAUAUAUAGCCAACUUGGCAACGCGUACUUCUAUCUUGGCGACUAUAACAAAGCAAUGCAGUAUCACAAACACGACUUAACUUUAGCAAGAACAAUGAACGACAAACUCGGCGAGGCAAAGGCUUCAGGCAAUUUAGGUAACACUUUGAAAGUUAUGGGGAAAUUCAACGAGGCGGUGCAGUGUUGCAAGAGACACUUAGAAAUAUCGCGUUCGUUAGGGGAUCGUUUGAGUGAAGGCCGAGCUUUAUAUAACCUGGGCAAUGUGUAUCACGCUCAAGGGAAACAGUUGGGGAGGGUAGGUCAGAAUGACCCUGGCCACUUCCCCCAAGAGGUCCGUGAGUGCCUUAUGCAAGCAGUUGCUUAUUAUGAAGAGAAUCUCGAAUUAAUGCGAAGUCUAGGCGACCGACAGGCGAUGGGUCGAGCGUGUGGGAACCUCGGUAACACGUGUUACCUUCUCGGAGACUUCACACGCGCGAUCAAAUAUCAUACAGAAAGACUGAGAAUAGCACAAGAAGUAGGGGACAGAGCGGCGGAAAGACGUGCAAAUAGCAACCUAGGGAACUCCCACAUAUUUCUCGGACAGUUUGAAAAUGCCGCGGAACACUAUAAACGCACCCUAGCCCUAGCUGAGGAGUUGGGAGAUGCAGCAGUCGAGGCCCAAGCCUGCUAUUCCCUAGGGAAUACGUAUACUCUCCUCAGGGAAUAUCGUAUUGCAGAGGAGUAUCACGCAAGACAUCUAUCUGCAGCAAGGAAACUUCAGGAUAGGGUUGGGGAGGGUAGGGCAUGUUGGUCCCUAGGCAACGCCCACGCUGCCCUAGGGAAUCAUGAAAAGGCAUUAUAUUACGCGAAGGAACAUUAUAAUAUUUCUAAGGAACUCGGCGAUGUGCUGGGUAUGGCGACAGCGCAAAUGAAUAUUGGGGACCUAUGCAAAGUGCUAGGGCUCCCCGUGGACGCGGCGCCUUCGCCCCCCCAAGACCCGAUCCCUGCCCCCCGGACGCCCUUCAACGCUCUCCGUGUGAGAAGACAGAGUAUGGAACAGUUGUCUCUUAUACAGAUAACUCCUGAUGGAAAAAAGAAAGAAGAAGAUAAAGAGCGUGGCAUAGUUCGGGCGGAAUCAGAGGAAGGAGAAAACCCUACAGAAACCUUCAUGGAACUGCUAGUGAGGUGCCAGUCGAAUCGUAUGGACGAACAAAGAGCUACCCUAGACAAGGAAAACCGACCGAAGAAACUACAGAGAUCAGCUAGCAGUGGGAAUAAAAACAAUCCACCAGAGGGAACUGCAGAAAUGCUAACCCUUAUUUCUACGCUACAAAGCGACCGCCUCAAUGAACAACGGGCAGAGCUCCGCCCGGUCAACCCUCGAGCAACCCUUCCCGGGGUCGGCGUUAUACCCACAACGCGUCCAAAGCCCGAAGAAGACUUUAUAGAAGUGUUGGCCCGAGUACAGGGCACCCGUCUAGAAGACCAGCGAACAGCACUUCCGAAGCCGCAAGCUGAACAAGAGGAGGAAGAAAAAGACGAUUUCUUUGCCCGCCUCAUGAAAGCUCAAGCUGGCCGUAUGGAAGACCAGCGUGCAAGCAUUCCGCUUAAGGAAAAGCCUCAGCCAUCAAACUCUAAAAAU